UCAAAUAAAAAACAAAAAAAAAAUCGUUAUCGUUAGAGAAAAAAAAGUUAUCGAUACAUAAAUUUUCCUUUUGUAUUCUUCCUUCUCACAUUAAGGUCACGCAUUCCAUCAGAGAAAUAUCAAAAAAAAAAAUCUAUAGUUGUUGCCUUUAUAUAUACCGUCAUUCGCCAUUUUUAAUUGUGUGCUUAGUUGUAGUUGACUUUAAAAUCGCUAUUUUAUAAUUUUAUCUAUAUAGUGUGAAAGCUUAUUGAUUUUUAAUUUUCUGUUAAUUAAAAGAAAAGUCCCUCUUUCCACUCUUCACCACAGAGGAAGGGUAGACAUUUUGAAUUUUAUUCAAAUUUUUGCCCCACAUACAUACAUAUAUAAAUCAGUCAAACUGAUUUUCUUAAAGCAAUACAUCGACGAUCUCCGAAAGAUUAUUGAGGAGAAAAUGUCGUUAAAUCCAAACAACUAUAAACUGUCUGAUAGGACUGGGAGGCUUACAGCUUACGACCUGCAGCCUACAACAGUUGCUGCUGGCUCAGAGACCCGAGAAUUUCUUCUCAAAGUCAUCGAUGUUCUUCUCGAUUUCGUUAAGAGCACCAACGAUCGCAAUGAGAAAAUUCUUGACUUCCAUCAUCCUGAGGACAUGAAACGUCUGCUAGAUUUGGAAAUUCCCGAUCGUGCAGUAACACUUCAACAACUCAUCGAAGAUUGUGCUACCACAUUGAAGUAUGGAGUUAAGACCGGACAUCCACAUUUCUUCAAUCAACUGUCAUGUGGAUUGGAUUUGGUUUCAAUGGCCGGAGAAUGGUUAACUGCGACAGCUAAUACCAACAUGUUUACUUACGAAAUUGCUCCAGUGUUCAUUUUGAUGGAGAAUGUCGUUCUAACUAAGAUGCGAGAGAUCAUUGGAUGGAAUGGUGGUGACUCAAUUUUAGCUCCAGGAGGAUCAAUUUCCAAUUUGUAUGCUUUCUUGGCUGCCCGACACAAGAUGUUCCCAGGCUACAAAGAGCGUGGAGCUAGUGCAUUGCCUGGACAACUUGUUAUGUUCACUUCAGACCAAUGUCAUUAUUCCAUUAAAUCGUGUUCGUCAGUUUGUGGUCUUGGCACAGACAAUUGUGUUAUGGUGCCAUCAGAUGAAAAUGGACGCAUGAUAACUAAAGAACUUGAACGACUUAUUGUCGAACGAAAACAAAAGGGACAUGUUCCAUUCUUUGUUAAUGCCACUGCCGGAACAACAGUAUUGGGAGCUUUUGAUCCACUCAAUGAAGUUGCAGACAUAUGUCAGCGUCACAAUUGCUGGAUGCAUGUUGAUGCUGCUUGGGGUGGUGGAUUACUUUUGUCACGCAAAUAUCGUCACCCAAGAUUGUCAGGAGUUGAAAGAGCCGAUUCGGUCACAUGGAAUCCACACAAGCUGAUGGGUGCCCUUCUUCAGUGUUCAACUAUCCACUUCAAGGAAGAUGGACUUUUAAUCAGUUGCAAUCAAAUGUCUGCUGAAUACUUGUUCAUGACUGACAAACAAUAUGACAUCAGCUAUGACACAGGUGACAAAGUGAUACAAUGCGGACGUCACAACGAUAUCUUCAAGCUGUGGUUGCAGUGGCGUUCAAAGGGUACCGAAGGUUUCGAAAGACAACAAGAUCGUCUAAUGGAUCUUACAAAGUAUCAAGUGAAGCGCAUUCGAGAACAAUCAGAACGCUUCCAUUUGAUCAUGGAACCAGAGUGUGUUAAUGUAUCAUUUUGGUAUGUUCCAAAACGUUUGAGGGGUGUUCCACACGACAGCAAAAAGGAACAGGAACUUGCAAAGAUUUGCCCAAUCAUCAAAGGAAGAAUGAUGCAAAAGGGUAGUCUUAUGGUUGGCUAUCAGCCCGACGAUCGUCGACCAAAUUUCUUCAGGUCAAUUAUUUCAUCAGCAGCUGUUACCGAACAAGAUGUUGAUUUCAUGUUAGAUGAAAUUCAUCGUCUUGGCGAUGACUUGUAAAUUAAAUUAUAGAUCAUCACAAAAAUUAUAUAUAAAUAAUUUAUAUAUAGCAUUGAGUAAAAUUUAGUGUAUAUUAAUAGUAAAACAAACAAAAAAAAAAAAUAACAAAAAAAAAACACAAAAAAAAAUAUUAAGAACUUAAAAAACUGUUAUACUAAUUAAAUGUUUUAAAAUAUUAAACAACAAAAAAAAUAUUAUUAUUAUCAUUAUCGAAAUCUCAAAACCACAACCAAGGAGUAUCUUUAAGGUAAAGGCAUAUCAUAAUAAUCCAACCAUAUUGUUGCUUAUUCAUUAAAAUAAAAAAAAAAAUGAAUUAUUUAUAUAUAUGUUUUUUUGUUAAGUUUUGUUAUUUUGUUAAUUAUAAUUAUUAUUAUAUAUUAAAAAAAAAACUACACAGAACGAAAUAUAAAUACAUGUUAAAAAAAUAAAAAGAUGAAAAAAAACUUAUAAAUGAAAAAUGCAUUUAUUUACUCAUAUAAAACAUAUUUAUCUAUUAAACUAUUAAUUAUUAUAUUAAUGUAAAUGUAUUUUGAAUUGUUGUAUAUUUGAAAUAUCAACUACUUGUGACUGUUGACAAUAUUUGAAGAAGGAAAGAUAGAAAAGGGUUUUUGAAAAUGUAUCCAUUAUACCAAAUCAGAACCUAUCGUUAGAGUUAUGUAUAAUCAUUAUUAAAUUAAAUAAAAAAUAAAUAAUAUUUAAAAAACAAAAAUCAAGCAAAUAUCUACAUCGUAACAUAUCGCUGGAAAUGUUAAAGAUAAAAUGAAUAUUAUUAUAUCUAUUAUUUCUUGUAUAAUCUAUUUUAUUUGAAUAGUGAAUUCGUAUCAAUGAAUUUACAUUUGUAGUCGGGAAACGUGCAAUUAAAACUUAUUUUUAAAUUCUAUAGAACAAAAAAAAUGUUCUUUAAGUUUCUAUUAGCUUAAAUUAAAAACUAAAGCUAAAUUCCAAACUAAGUAUAUAAAGUACCUUAAACCCUAUAAAAACCUGCUUAAUAGCUGAAUUUAAAAAAUAGAAAAAUAUCAAAUUGGGUUUAUGAUUUUCAUGUAGAAUACACAUCUACAUCUACACUAUACAUUAUACUAUAUACGCUUGUAAAUGUCUGAUUUUAGUACAAUCUUUUUUUGGUUUUAACAUUCUCCAUAUUUUAAAUAUAUAUGCUCCAUAUAAUAAAUGCAUAUAUAUAAGAAAUGUAUUACCUAGGGUCAAUUAAAAAUUAAAAAACAAUGCGCUCCUCAAUGCAGGAUGCUUGUGUAUCAAUUAUAUUAUUAUUAUUAUAAAAAAAAAAAACAAAAUUAAA